AUGCGAGGGCAUUUUCGUACACCCACAGGUGUAUAAAAUGUCUCGGCCGCUCUCCCCAUUUCGCAACAAUCCACAGUAGAAGCAGAACUCGGAAGAAAUGACUAAGGUGUAUCCUAACGCCGCCAGUGCCGCCUUGACGGAGAGGCCGAAGCCACCAGCUUCGAGCGGGAACACGACGGUGUUGACCGUGUGGAAGAAAUCGUUGCUCCUCAACUGCAGCGGGUUUACGGUGUUCGACUCCAGCGGAAACCUGGUGUUCCGCGUCGAUAACUACGUCGCCGCCGGUGAUGGCGAGAUGGUUCUCAUGGACGCUGCCGGCAAGCCUCUGCUCACCAUCCGCCGGAAGAGGCUGAGCCUCGGCGACAGUUGGCUGGUAUUCGAGGGGGAAACGGCGGUGAAUCCGCGAUUUUUGGUGAGGAAGCACGUGAACCUGUGGAACUCGAGGACCUUGGCCCACGUGAGCUCCGGCAAUGGUGGCGCGUGGUCGACAUCGCCGAGCAAGAACGCGUUGUAUGAGAUCGAGGGAUCGUACUCGCAGCGGUGCUGCGCUGUGUACGACGGUAAGAGGCGGCGAGUGGCGGAGAUCAAGCAGAAGGAGGCGGUUGGAGGAGUGGGUUUUGGCGUCGAUGUGUUUCGUCUAAUCGUACAGCCGGAGAUGGAUACGGCCCUCGCCAUGGCUCUGGUCAUCCUCCUCGACCAAAUGUUCGGUUCUUCAAGAAGAUGAUUCUCCGAUUUACUUCUUGACUAAACCCCCAAAAAAGGAAGAAAAACAAAAAGAUCUCAAACACACACACACACACACACACACACACACACAAAGAAAUAAUGUUCAAGGGUUCGGUCGUGCAUAGAUCGGUCAGCGGCUUUUUGGGAAGGGAAAUGGGAAGCAGUAGCCACUAGCGAUAGUUAGCAUAGCAUGAAGGAUUGCAGGAGCAGUUGCAGCCCUGACCUGGAUCGCCUCAUUUUUCAUGUUUUUAUUUUUUUAUUGUUGUCAAAUUGCUGAGAUCUUCCCCACUCGUUGUAGAUUUUGUUGUCUUCUUCUACCCCUGUUGUAUCAUGUAUGAGGGGGGUUCUGUACUUAGGGUUUGGUUUUUUCCUUUUAAAUAAAAAACCAAAAUCCCCGUGGGGAGUGUGCAGUGUAUAUAUAUAUAUAUAUAUAUAAAUAUUUAUAUAUGUAUGGGACUGCGAAGUUCAUUCCAAGGGAAAAAAAAAAUAUUAAAAGGGGGUUUAGUUUUACGAAUAAAUGGGGUGUUCUUCUCGAA